AUGGGAUGGCUUGAGACAAUGAUUGAGUGGAUUCCUCAGUUAGCUUCAAACAAGACCCAAUACAACACUGUACUGCAACACUUGACUAAGAAUUUUGUAGAAGAAAAGAGCCAUACUAAUUCCACCAAAGCCUUGAAAUUUCCAGAUGGGACAAGUGCUACUUGGUAUAUCCUCACCAUCUUUGGUUUAUAUGGCAUUAUAUUCUUCUUCUUGCUGGUCAGCAAUAUCCUCCAGAAUGAAAAGCGCUUGGAAGAUAUUUAUUAUCCAGAUUUCACAACUGAGCUAAAAAGUAAUAAAAAAGGUCCAAGAUAA